AAACUGCAGUGUAUGAGAAAAGGUUGCUACAUACCUUAGUUAUGCAGAAAUUAAGUUGUUAUAUCUAUUGACGUCGUGUCCUUGAGGAAAUGGACUUGAAUCAAGAUCUUCAACGACUUAAAGUUGUAAUUAAAGAGUGGGAGAAGUCAUUCAACAUUGAAAAGGCCAGAAAACCUACAGCUGCUGACAUAAAGGGUGCGCCAGCAAAUAUAUCGGAGGCCUAUUCACAGUACUGGAAGCUCAAAAAAAGUCUCUCAGAGCUGAGCCCAUCGGUAGCCUCAGAUGAUGGGGUAUGGGACGUCUCGUUGAACAAAAAGCCUGCCGCAAACCAAAGCAAAGCACGUUCAAGCUCUUCAAGUGUUUACGCAAGCAAAAUUCGUGAAAAGCUGCUGGCAUCGUUUAAAUGUGAAGACCCACCCAAACUAGGAUACAAAUUUGAUGGAUAUCGAUCAAAAAGUGUGCAAGCCGAACCUGUGUUUCCGAGAUUGGAUGAGCUCACGGAAAACUCGAGCUCAGCAGUACUUACCAAAACUGACUGCAAACGUGUGCAAGCUAAGGAAUGCAUUCCAAAUGAAGAGCUUGCAGCUGCAAAGGAAGACAAAAUAUCCGUUUCUCCAUGCAAAAUGCCAUCAACGUCACGUAUGCUGUACUAUACGCAUAGCCUUGAUGAGUCGUGGCUUUCAAGAAAUAGUAUCACUGAUGACGAUGAGGUGUUCUUCACUCCCCCACCAUCAUCGUCACAACUUCCUUUAACAUGUAGGCCAAGCAUAUGCAGUGGCAAGAUGUGUGAAAAGGGAUACAUAAAAACCAAGGUCAGCAAGUCUUGCCCAAUCAGCUAUUCAUCCGUUGAAUCAAUAGGUGAUGUUUUUCUCACACCCACACCUCCUCAAACUCCUACUGUACAGCAGCCACAGGUGCCUCACCAUCCCACAUCGCUUUCAAAGGUUACAUCUGCGAAAGACAAUUCUAGUACAGUGUUAAGUAAAGUAGAAGAAAAUGCACAAAAUGAAAGUGGUACUACUUGUCACAUACUGAAAACACGGCGCCAUCUGUCUUGCUCAAAUAAAGAAACUGAAGUAAAUAAACUUCACAGGAGCAACAAAUGCCUGUUGUCACAGGCUGCACAUGAUUUGAAAGAGGAGCCUCUCGAAAAAGCAUGCAAAAGUUCUGAGACUGAAGUGACGGCAAAAGAAGGCUGUGAAAAGCCAAAGAGGAAACGGCAAGUAAGAGCAGACACUACAAGCACAAACAACCUUCCUGGAAAGAGACAAGAGACAGUGAAAAGACGAAAGACUUUGAAAGGUUCUGGUUGUGAUGAGCACUCAGAAGUAAACAAAGAGGAACUGUCUGGGAAAAAACAAGCGAUGGUGAAAAGGGGACGAAAGACAUUGAAAGAUUCUGCAUGUGAUGAACACUUUGAAGUCAAGGAAGAGUUAAACAAGCCAUUAGUAACAGAUCCAGAUGACAUACUAUUGGAGAGUUCUGUGAUACAACCGAGGAAAAGUGGAAACAUUAGCAUGAAAAGGCAGAAAUGUAGCAAAAGCCUUAGUGACAACUUUGUGCGAAUCAACCUCAAGAGAAAAAAAUUUUCACGUGGUCAUCACAAAGUGAAUGUCCGGCAGCUGAAAUACAAAGAGUGGAAAAAGAAACGCACUUUCUCAGAGGGAACCUCUAGCAAAAGUGCCACAUCAAAAUGCUUUAAAUGUGGUGAACUUGGCCAUUGGGCACGUUCCUGUUCUACAAACACAAGUAAGCUUGAAAUCCCUGCAGAGCCAGAAGUGGUCCAUUUGCCUACAUUAGAGGAAGCUGCUGAAAUGGCACGUGGUAUCAAGAGCAGCAACGUCUCGGAAACCUUGACAAAGGUCUUUUCUCCAAAAGAUAUUUCUCAACGUUGUGAUGAAGUAGAAACUAUCAUGAAUGGGGGGGACAGUGAAGUUCGUGACCAUGCUGCAGACAUAAAAGGCAACGAAAGGAUAAAUGUCCAGCCACUUCUAAAAGCUGACCUUGAUGGAAAACUUCCAGACACACCAGAAUUUGUUUUUGAAGCUCUGCGUAAGAUGGGCUUUUCAGAGUUCAGGCCUGGGCAAGAAGCAACAAUUAAAAGAAUUUUAUGCGGUUUGUCAACACUGUUGGUGUCUUCAACUGGCUCUGGAAAGUCAUUGUGCUACCAACUUCCAGCAUACCUCUAUGCACAGAAAUCAAAGUGCAUAACAUUGGUGGUGUCACCGUUAAUUUCUCUUAUGGAAGAUCAAGUGGCAAGGUUGGCUCCAUGUUUAAAGGCAUCAUUCCUGCACAGCGCUAUGCCCCCGGCCCAGAAGGAGCAAGUGUUGACACAAGUUCGAGAAGGACGUAUUCACUUCUUGCUUGUCUCUCCUGAAAGCCUCGUGGAAGGAAGUAGCAUUGUGCACCAGCUGCCUCCAGUAGCUUUUGCUUGCAUUGAUGAGGCCCAUUGUCUUUCUGAGUGGUCGCACAACUUCCGACCUUCAUAUUUGCAACUUUACAAGGUCCUGACUAUGCAGCUGAAGGUCCACUGUAUCCUUGCACUGACAGCAACUGCCACAAGGAGCACAUGUCUAAGUAUAGCAGAACACUUGCAGAUUGACAGCAUGUCUGCUGGUGUUAUUGGGACACCAUCUGUGCCGGAGAAUCUAAUUUUGUCAGUUUCAGAAGACAAAUACCGUGACGAGGCUCUUAUAGAGCUUCUAAAGGGAAGCAGGAUUGGCAGCUGUGAAAGCAUCAUAGUUUACUGCACACGAAGGGAGGAGACAGAACGGCUAGCUUCAUUAAUUCGCACCAGCCUGCAGCAUGUUGAAAAGCAAACUGACAGAGAAAACAGCUCAAAAGCCGCCAAAGGUAGACGGUCCUACCUGGCCUGGGAUGCAGAGGCAUAUCAUGCCGGAAUGACACCAUUCAGGCGGCGCUCAGUACAGAAAAAGUUUAUGACUGGUAAGCUCCGUGUGGUUGUAGCAACUGUCGCUUUCGGUAUGGGGAUUGACAAGGCUGACAUCAGAGCAAUCAUUCAUUAUAACAUGCCAAAGAGCUUUGAGAACUAUGUCCAGGAAGCAGGACGGGCUGGACGGGAUGGUCUCACGUCACACUGUCACCUAUUUUUGGAGCCUGAGAAAAAAGAUCAAAAUGAGUUGAAGCGCCACAUAUAUGCAAACUCAGUGGAUCGGCACGUCAUUCGAAAACUCCUUAAGAAAGUGUUUGCACCUCUCGCGAAAAGGAGAAAAACUGAGGGUAAUACUGCUCCCGUGCUGGAUCAAAAUUCCAUGUACGAGAUUGCUAUUCCAAUUGAUGCAGCUGUGGAGGAGCUGGACUUGAAAGAGGAGAAUAUCCUCACACUGUUGUGCUUUCUGGAGUUCCAUCCUCGUAAAGUUGUGCGAGUGCUGAACAAAGUGUAUGCAACGUGCACAAUCAAGUGCUAUGGCGGCCCACAGCAACUGAGAUCAGUUGCAUCAAAGAAUGCAGCAGUGGCAGCUGCAGUGGCACUGCAAGAGAAGCGUGAACAAGAGCCUGUUAACACGUUGUCAUUCCCUGUUGUGGAUGUGGCUGCACGUAUGGGCUGGGAUUCCAAGCUGGUCAAGAGAGAUUUGAAGACACUAGAGUAUGACAACACUAUGCUUCAUGCAACGGGACACUCGCGCAAAUCAGGUGUCAUUGUGGAGUUUUCUGACCUUGCCUUCCACCUGAACGUUUCGGCCACUCUCACUGAAGAGGACUGUGAUCAUCUGUUGGAUUACCUCUAUGAAAGAGUACGAAAGCAAGAGAAGAUGGACAUUGCCCGUCUAAAAAAAGUGCAAGAAGCCUUUCAGAGUGCAUCUUGUGAAGAAUGUGCUGAAUGUGCAGAAACAGCAAGCAUUGAAAAAAGCAAUUCACUUAAGAAAUUGAUUCAAGAUUACUUUGAUGAAAGGUUGGACCUGGAAAAUGAUGAUGAAGAGCCUCCACAGACUGAGCAGUGCCUAAACCACCUUCGACAAGAAAUUCGAAACCUUGUGAUGCAACACAGGGACCACUCGUUCAACGGUCGAGCGGUGGCACGUAUAUUUCAUGGCAUUGGGAGCCCAUGUUUUCCAGCACAAGUGUGGGGAAGAGUGCGUCGAUUUUGGAGAGCCUUCCUGGACGUUGACUUCAACACAAUAGUAAACAUUGCAAACAAAGAGCUUCUGUCACUGCGUUGAACUGUGCAGUGAAACUCCUGCAGCCUUUUUAAUGCUGCAGUUCACA